AUGAUCCUCAACUCACACAUACACGUACUGGUACUCGUUCUGUGCAUACUAAGUACCCAGGGAUAUCAAAAGCAAACAGAAGCAAAUUUGGACUUCGACAUUCAAAAAGACCCAAAUGAGAAGUACUACAAAGCGAAUGUAAAAGAUGAAGAGGUUGUGGACAUGUACCAGAAAUGGGUCGAUACUGGCAUCAGUUCACUCAUGUCUGCCAUUGCAAACCAUAAGUAGGUUUUAUAGACUAAACUUGUGAAAACAUUAACUAUUAUAAUAAUAAAAACCAUAUAAUGAAUAUUAUUUUUAUAAAGAAUAACCUAUGAUUUUGACAAAGAUGCAUAUAAACUUUAUUAUGCUCACUUAAAAUUUUAUUUUAAGACUAAAACGACAACGCCGAACAGUAAUACAAGAGUAUGGUCAAUGUUCAUCCAAAGCAACAAACAUUCCAAAACAUGCCACAUGCUUGACCAAAUUAUUAAAUAACAAAUUUAAACCAACAAACGUCAGAAGGACCAGGUACCAACGACUGCAGAAGUACAAAAAAGAAGAGAAGGUCUGGACUGGCGGGUUUAAGACGGAUCAGUCCAACAAUGCCGUGCUACUACCUAAAAAACAACAUGACACAAACCACAUGGUGUUCAGAAGCAAAAGAAACACAAGAAUAAAGGAAUCAUCGUCGUAUCAUAUAAACAGUAACAAAGAACAACUAACACCCAUGGGUCAUAUUGCCAAGAUGCUUAUGGAAUCUGUAAAGUCGAUAAAAGGCAAAGACAACCUCCCACAAUGGCAAGAAACCGUAUCAAAGUUAAGAUCGAACGGUGCCAAACGCAAAAAGUACAAGAAGUUAAUAGAAGACGACAGUGAAGAGAACAUGAAUCAGAUGCAAAUGCAUGCUCUGAAAGACAAAAUGAUAGGAAACAAACCAAUGUCAACUGAUGAGGACCUUGAAGAUGCUCUGCAAGAUCCACAAAAGUUAAGAAAAUAUGUGAAAGACAAGAAGGUAUCAAAGACUAGAGAGGAUAAGAUACUCGAUGUUGUUAAAAGCGGAUUGAAACUCAUGUACAGUCUAGCUGGAGAAAAUACAACCAAUUUUGAAGACAAAAACAUGAAACUCGUGUCACCCAGGUUCCUAGGACUUGUGCCUGAAGAGAAACAAGACAACGAGGUAAGCAUAUUACUCUUUCGAAACAGAAAGUUAAAAUUUUACAAGAAAAAGCGAUUAAAUACAAUCUUUUACAAACAUUACAGCCUUUUAAAAAUAUUUUUAAAAUCCAGAAAAAUAAGAUUACAAAAUUUCAGAUCUCCCUGAUUUCCCCAUCAUUGUUUUCGCUACAUGACCAAGGAGAAGGUAUUGAGAACCUAACCAGUUUACCAAAUCUACUCAAAGGAUUCUCAAAGAAAGACCAACAAUUAUGGCUUGAUAUUAUCAUGGAAGCAGCUGGAGUUAACGACGAAAGUGAGAAACUGGAACAAGACGUUCAUGAUUUCGAAUUCAACAAAACCCGGUCCGCGAUGACAAACAUUACGAAUCUAGUAGACGAACACGGAACACCAUAUUAUGCAACAAAAGAGAAUGUGACACAGAUGGGAACAUCUCCAGAAUAUGUGGAAAUGUUUGAGAAACUACAUCAGAAUUACACAAAAGAUCAGGUAAAUAACGCUAAAUUUGGAUAACAUAUAUUUUAUUGAAGUAGGCUAUUUUAUCAAAUAGCCUACUUCAACAAAAUUAAAAAACGAGAAAAAAAAACCUUUUCAUACUGAUAUUUUGUUAAAACUAACAUCAGUACUUUACCUAUAAUCUUUUCCAAACCUUCAUCUUUCAGCUACGUGAAAUGAACACCACAGGCUACGCCAUCCUAAACAAACAUCAGAUUGAACUACUUUAUGGACCUGAAUCUCCUCACAGUGACCCCGAAACAUACAAACGAUUGAUGCAAAUGACUGAAGAUCAAAUUCAUCACCAUUUACAUAAAGACUUUGAAGUCAUCUCACAACACGACAGACUCGAAAUUGACCAACAAAAGUUCAGACAAGCUCAACAAGCAGAACAUCGCAGGAAAAAACGUCAAUUACUUCCUGGCAUAGUGCUAUCUCCAGUAUUGAACACUCCUGUCGUGCUCAGUCCUCUACUUGCUUCUCAACCAUUCAUCCUUUCUCCUGUCGUACUCACUCCUCUGAUCUUAUCGCCUUCAGUAUUUGGUGCCAUCAUUCUGUCGCCAUGGUUGUUCGUACCUGUAAUCUUGUCUCCUCGUAUCUUGGGUGCCCUGGUCUUAUCUCCAUUCGCCUUCUCCCCUCUUAUCUUGUCACCAUUCGCUCUCCAUCCUGCCGUACUAUCUCCUGGUAUCUUCUCUCCCAUCGUGUUGUCUCCAUUCUUGUUAUUGCCCUUGAUUCUGUCACCUCAAGUCUUCACUCCAAUCAUUUUGUCACCACUUUGUCUGGCUCCGGUUAUCUUAACUCCAAUGGUUGGAUCCCCUCUCAUUCUGUCACCAUUCGUACUGUCGCCAAUUAUUGCUUCACCAUUAGGUCUGUCGGCUUUGGUACUGUCACCGUAUGCACUAUCACCUGUCAUCUGGAGUCCUCUCAUUGUUUUCGUUGCCAUUUUAUCGCCUUCCUGGCUGAGUUAG